UCGAAAUUCUUGGUAAGUUCACAUCUUUUUUCAAAUUACCAUCCUCGAUUCUUCGAACAGGUAGCUUUUCUGCUUGCUGCAUAAUCCGACCAAGAAAUUGAGCUCUGCAGAUGAUGAGAAGCGUGUCCCUGACUCGCAAUAUCAAACAUGGGUAUGGCGCUUUGUCUUACUUGAAGGGGGUUUCAGCUUCUCCGCUCCAUGUAUCCGCCGUUGGUUUACUGGGUGCUGCCGGUUUGAUUUUGGUUUUUACAAGGGACCGUUUACUGGGUAAACUAAGUAGCAUAUCGAGGUUGACUGACGGAGGGAAUCGUUCUGAGAAAUAUUAUUUAGUUCCGGGACUGCAGAAUCUUGGCAACAAUUGCUUCUUGAAUGUAAUAUUACAGGCUCUUGCUAGCUGUUCUUGCCUCUCGACUUAUCUUGGAAAGGUUAUGGAGGCCAGUGAGUCAUGGCAAAUGGGGGAUGCAGGUGACAGCAUGGCUCUUACUGUUGCUUUGGCUGCUUUACUAGAAGAACUAUCUGAAGUUUGCGAAGGAAGAGUUGUGCUGAAUCCACGAGAAGUAAUGCUAGCGAUGACUCUUUAUAUUCAGAAUUUCAAUCUAACUAGCCAACAGGACGCUGCAGAAGCAUUUCUUCAUCUUCUAUCCUCUUUGAGAGAAGAAUUCUCAGAUUGUUAUCCAUCCAAUCAUAGUUUGCUGGCAGACGCUGUUACUUCUGUUAAUUGUAGGGUUUUAAGUGCAAAGCGGAUUGACAACCGAAAUGAACAAGAAAGAUGGCAGCAACACUUCCUUGGACCGUUUGAUGGGAUUCUUGGUAGCAUUUUAACUUGUCAAAGUUGUUCGUCUCAGAUUUCGUUGGACUAUCAAUUUUUUCAUAGCUUGCCUCUUUCACCAGUGCUUGAUAGUGGUGCCACCAUAAUGGUUGGUUCUCCUUUGGAGGAUUGCUUGAAGAAGUUCACUGCUGCUGAGAAAGUAGAGAAUUACCGUUGUAACCGUUGCUGGCACAUUGCAGCAAUCAGAUACUUAUCUGUGUUAGGCGCUACGGAGGCAGAUAUCGAAAGACUUAGGAUGUGUGAUGAUCAAGAUUCAUGUAACUGCCAAAGAAUUCCACAUAUUGAAAAACUACCAUGGUCGAAUAAUAUACCAUGCACUAUAAAACAACUAUUCAUUGCUCGUUUUCCGAAGAUAUUGUGCAUUCACCUGCAACGUGCAGCUGUAAAUAUGUUUGGGGAACCAGUCAAACUACAGGGCCAUAUUGCAUUUCCAUUGGUUUUGGAUUUGUCUCGAUUUAUAACAAGUGGGGUGGGAACAAAGAAUUGGGAAGAACUUGUGCCAACAAAGCUAGCGAAUCAGCAAUAUCAAAAGCCAAGGGGUUAUCCACUGUUCUUGAAUAUGCAACAAAAUACAAGAUUACCAAAUUCCUUACACGAACUGACUGAAGAAACUACUUCUUCAGUAGUAGCCGCUCCAGAGCAAGUUAAAUGCACCACACAUUUCGAAGGAUUUCCUGGUAGAGGAAAUAUGGCAAAUAUGGUCCAGCUUGAAGGAUGUUCUGGAACUACAUUCACUAAUGCAGACAUGCAAUUUGAUGAUAAGGUAAGGGUGACUAGCCAGUCAGGCCCUAGUGAAAAUCACAUGUAUAAUCUUGUUUCUGUGGUGGAGCACUUUGGAAGACCUGGAGGUGGGCAUUACACUGUCUACAGAAGAGCAAAAACUGGAGCGCAGAAGGAAGUGCCUGACAAAGGUUGCCUCUGGAGGUGGUUCCGCGUUUCAGAUUCUGAAGUGUAUGAUGCGUCUGAAGAAGAUGUUCUCGAUUGUGAGGCAUCCAUACUCUUCUAUGAGAGGAUCAUGGAGAAUUGAAAACGCACCUUCCAUGCACCUGUCUUUGGUUUGAGUAUUCAUGAUAGAGGAGAGCUUCUUCAAUGGCAACCUCCAUAUUAGUCGAUGAACUCUACUGUAAGAAGACACUCUUGAAUCAAAGGGACCUGAAUAAAUAUUGGUGAUGCAGUAGCUGCUUUAGCAUUCACCAACUACUGAUGAGGCACAGGCUAUCAGUAUACACAUACAUUAAAAGACCAAAUAUGGAUUCUGUACAACACAUACUGACAUAGGAGUCAUUUAAAGUUUGAAGCUUGUGGUGUAUGAUAGAGAAUAUUCUUUGAGAUUUGAAAGGCAUCGCUGGAAUGUUGUGUUGUUGAGUUGUUCAUCCAAUGCACAUUUGUUAGCUUUGCUUCUCCUUCAAA